AUGUUGUUUGGUCGCCAGCUAUUUCUAUCUAUUACCGUGUUUGUUAUAACAACAAGAUUAUCAUGCGUAAGUUCAAGAAUAAAACUGCGUGGAAGCGGCUUGCAACCGAGGAGAUACAAAGUACCAACGUAUUUCAAUCCAAGAGGAAGCUGCGACGGAAAUGCAGCUCCCACUCACAAGAGACUAGCUCGACUCUGGAGUAAACUGAGAUUUCAUCUGGCGGUUUUGUCAAAUGGAACACUGCAGGGGGUGAAUGACACUUAUUGUCAGCUGACAAACAGAUGUAAGUACAAAUACGACUAUAGACAUCUUAAAUACAGCUUCACUUCACGACGUUCACGCUGUCAGAGAAUUUUUACCAAGGAAUGCAUGACUGUUCCGAAGGAAAUACAUAUUCAUGUUCUUGAUUGUUAUUGUAUAAAUAUCAACAGACUAAAUUGGUCCUUGAGGGAUUAACAGCUGUGAAUGGUUUUCAAGUGACGUCACGAUAAUUAAUGUCGGUGUGAAACGUUAACAUAAUUGUUUAUAAUAGAAGGGAAAAACCCCCCUGGGAAAGAUGACCACCUUUACAGAGGAUACUAUUUUGGUUUUCAGGCAAAGUCACGAUAAUCAUUGUUGGCGUAAAAUGAUAAAAUAAUUAUUCACAUAUUGGAGAUGAAAACCACCCCCGGGGGAAAUGAGCCCCAUCAAAUAAAAUCCUAUUUUGGUUUUUAGUAAACAAACAUGAUCUCUGAUCGCGUGAGUUAAAAUUUUCGAUAUUUGUGUUGGUUAAGAAUUGUUCCAUGCUUAGUAAAAUCAAGCGCGAUAGGAAACGGCCGUGGAGAGUAACAGCAAGGAGGGCUUAGGUCGGGUUGGAUAGUGAACUUCCCUAGUUUUCGCUCUGCUUUUAACAUCGCUCUGUUUUAUACUUUUCAUCUAAUAUAACUGAACACCUAGAGCAGGCAAAUCUUGUACCUUGACCUUCCACGGCCAAGUGGUUGUACAUUUCAGUUACAGUUAUACGGUGGGAGCUGGGUAUGAGAUUAUGAACAGGCUAGUCCAAGCUUAGCGUGCUUAUCUCGAGAUACGGAUGCACGCGAGAAGUUUGGGAAGUAGGCAAGAAGCGCAAGAGUUGCUCGAAGUACUUCUUCUAGCUUCUUCGAUUCUUGAACGGCCGUGCGUUUUUAGAGAUAUGAUGGUUGGAUAUGAAAGAAUGGGAGAGACGCGCGCACUAUGUUAGAAAUAUAAUUUUACCUGCUAAAAUUCCAGAUCUCCUGAUCGCUCUCCGGCAGCUGAUGUACCCCAUUUUUUAUUGUUUCAGGUCUGUUUGAGCUUCAGUCUUGUGGAACAAGCCUAAUAAGAAUAAAACAUAUUGAAUCAGGGUUGUAUGUGGCUAUCAAUAAAGCUGGAAAAGUUUAUACUACCAGGGUAAGGGCAUAAAUUAUUUUUUAUUGUCGAAGCGUAACCUCGUUUCCGAGGCUUUUCCCUUGAAAAGUUGGAGAGGGCGGAAAGGCCCUGGUCACGAGGCUGUUCCCGCAGCCGUUUGCCUCCUUGUAAGUGAAAAUGAAAUGUCUUUGCCAAGGACACAGUACAAUGUCACGGUUAGGUCUUGGGCCCAGACCUCCUUCUGAGUCCAGCGAAUCAACGACUCAACUGCCCAAGGGGUAUACGCAGACAUUAGAAUCAAAUUUUCCAAUGUUAACGCUGACGUUGUUACUUUCCAUCAUCAGAAAAGUCACAAAUUGGAUACAAUGUUCGUCCAGGAACUCCUUCCCAAUGACUUUUUUGUAUUUUGGUCUGAAAGAACUUACAGAAAAACGAAAAGGCUGAUGUAUUUAGCGCUGAAGAAAAAUGGCGCCACAAAAAACGCUUUAAAGACUUCAUCAAAGCACAAAUCAGUACACUUUAUGGUUAUGCAUUGUUCAAGACAUCGUAACCAACGGGCGACGCCAAAUUGCUAA